AUGGCUCUUCCCGCUAAGACUCCGCCACCCCUACCAAGGGACCCCUCACCACCUCCUGGCUCACCCACGCCAUCACUCAACACUCCAUCUACACCAACUGGCUCACCACCAUUGUCUCCAUCUUACGUAGCUGCGGCUGUUAAGUCUGUAGACAAUUCUUGUACAUCUCGCAUCAUCGGCUCCAUCGCUGGUAAUGGCGCUCCACGCAUAUGGAAAGAAGACUCCUCUCCAUUUUCUGUUUUCUACGAGGUCCCUGCUGAGGGAAACCCUCUUCGUCCUUUGUUCUUUGAGGCUCUUAACACCGCUUUCCCAUUGGGUGUUGGCCGCGGCCUCACAUAUGCCUCUCGUACUUCCCGCACCUCCUUCGAAUUCCAUCUAGUAGACCAAGAAGCAUGCUCGCGCGCAUGCCAAGUUGGCUUUCCUUUUAAUGGACGUACUGUCUUCGCUUCUCCUGCCAUUCCUUCGACGUUUAAGCUCUUGCGCUUACGUGUGUCUCGACUUCCUCUUCACGGAUAUGCGGAUUUUGAUGAACUUGCCGAGAAUCUUCGCCGCUGCCUUGCUAUAUACGGACAGGUUCAGGAAAUAUCCUUGAAUUUGAAAUAUAACUACCCCGACGGCACAGGCACCAUCCAUAUGCUAUGCCCACCUAAUCCUGAUCUUCAUCUGCGUCACUUGGAACAUGAGAUCAAGUAUAAUGAAACUACAACUUUCCUUGCCACUUGGGCACGUAUGGGUACUCAUUGUACUUUCUGUAAAGAGAUGGGUCACGAGAAAGAAGCUUGCACCAAGCGACCCAAAGAAACCCGCACCUGCUUCCGCUGUGGUAAGGUUGGUCACCUUGCCCAUCAAUGCCCACGAAACGAGGAAGCCGAAUCAAAACGCCCUCGCAAAACUGCUCGCUCCCCAACCCAUGCCCCUGCACCCCCAGCCGCUCAGAUGUAUCAUGGUCUUCUACCCUCUGAAACAAUCUACGGCUCACAGCACGCCCCGCAGAACAUACCCCUACCUCCAUUGGCUACUGAAUCCCUUUCUAGACCACGCGCGGCCCCGGGCGCCAUUCCGGGUGUUCUUCCCGCCAACCAUCCUGACUUCCUGAUAGAAGCAGCGGCUAGUACUGGCAUGGAUGACAACGUCCAAUUGGUUAAGACCAGUGAUGGCGAACUUGGUAACGAAGAGACGAAGAAAAGCGACGAUGAGGAAUACUACAGCGACGAUGACAUCGAUGAGAUCGCCAAGUAUUUCGCUCAAAUGGAAGAUGAUCCCAUGGAUGGUGAAAAUGACGGUGGACAAGAUCCUCCAAAUCCAGCUCUUACUUUAUGA